GCACCAAUACAUUACUUUAUGAUGGGGAAAUGCAAUUUCCAAUUCGAAAAGUGUUGAAAACUUUUAGACUGAUAAUUUUAAUUUUACUAUUAAUUUGCUUUUUUGUAUUUUUGUUGUUUCAUUUGGCGGGUUUUCAAAAUGGAAAACGACUGGAAAUUGGUAUUUUGGUGGUUUUGAAUGAGAAUACAGAUGCCCGGCAAUAUGAUUUGGCGUUAAAAAGUGUGGAAUGUUAUGCAAAAAUUCACGGCUACCAAUUCAUAACUGCUCGGGAUACUGGACCGGAAAAUAUUUAUCAAUGUAGUCAAGUUGAUAAACUCUUCCGCCGACACUGUAUUGCUGCAAAAAUUCUACUCGACUAUGACGUCAUGAUGUUUUUGGACGCCGACAUCGGUGUAGUCAAUCCGAAGCGAAAAAUCGAAGAAUUCAUCGAAAAAAGAGUUAAUGUCAUAUUUUACGACCGGUUUCAGAAUUGGGAAAUUGCCACGGGGUCGUAUAUUGCGAGGAAUACAAAAUUUUCAGUGGAUUUGCUGAACGAGUUUGCAAACUAUGAAGUACGACUACCUAAGAGCCUUCACGGCUCCGAUAAUGGAGCUAUCCAUAUGUUCCUCGCUGAAAAACUAACACCAAAAUCUUCUCCAAAACUCGAAAAGUGCCGAAAAUUUUACGAAAAAUCAAAAAGCUACGAAGACCUGUUCACAUUCGAGGCAUGUAUUCGUGAUUUGCUAGGAGAUUCUAUAGAUUUCGGGAAAAUCCGAAUUUUGGAAAAAGGAACAAGCUGGGUGAGAGACGGAUGGCUCACGAAAAGUCAAUGGCACCCGGGAAUUGAUUUUAUGUUGCAUGGAUGGAAAUCUUGGCAGUUGAGGGGAAUCCCGCAAAAUGGACUGAGACCACUUCCAAUUUCAAAAAAUCGGUGGUAUAGCCCGUUUUCUGGAAAUUUUGACCUGGAAAAAUGCAAACCUGGAAAUGUUACAUGGAAUUACGAUUUGAGGGUGCUUGGCAAUAAAGAGGAAAUUUUGCAAACCUUGAAAAAAAUUCGGGUCGACAUUGAAAUAAUGAAAAGGAAAUCAUUUGCAAGACUCGACGGAGAUUAUUGAAAUACAUUUGUUUUUUUCUUAACAAGGAAAGUAAGUCAAUCUAGUCCCGGACUUUAAAUCGAGACGUAUGUCAUUUGAAAGCUUAUGUUUAGACUAGAUCACCACAAAAAUUUCAGCGGCGGAACUCAACUCUGAACCCCUGAAAUCGCCAUCUGAAAGUGCUCCAGUGCAUUUUUUUCGCUGAUUUCUAUGUCAAGUAAAUGGCCUUAAAAGGGGUUCUGAGCGAUUAGAAAUUGUUUUUAGGGGGUUUUAGGGUCUAACAAACAAUGUGGAAGCUUUUUGGAAAUUUUUAUUUUUUUGAAAGAAUCUGAGUGUCUAAUGGAUCGAAAAAAAUUCAGAUUUUUUCAAAAAAAUAAAAAUUUCCAAAAAGCUUCCACAUUGUUUGUUAGACCCUAAAACCCCCUAAAAACAAUUUCUAAUCGCUCAGAACCCCUUUUAAGGCCAUUUACUUGACAUAGAAAUCAGCGAAAAAAUGCACUGGAGCACUUUCAGAUGGCGAUUUCAGGGGUUCAGAGUUGAGUUCCGCCGCUGAAAUUUUUGUGGUGAUCUAGUCUAAACAUAAGCUUUCGAAUGACAUACGUCUCGAUUUAAUGUCCGGGACUAGAUUGACUUACUUUCCUUGUAAGUUUUAUAAAUUUUAUAUUACAGAAACACAAAAUUCUGAGAAUGCGUAUUGGACAACAUAAUUGACGCGCAAAAUAUCUCGUAGCGAAAACUACAGUAACCCAUUAAAAGACUGAUGUAGCGCUUGUGUCGAUUUACGAGAAUUUUCUUAUGUUUUGCUUUUUUUUAAAAUAUUCUUUUGAGAAAUAAAUGAUCGAGCCCUUAAAUCGCCAUCAGCGCUACAGUAGACAUUUACAGAAUUACUGUAGUUUUCGCUACGAGAUAUUUUGCGCGUCAAAUAUGUUGUACGCAUUUUCUAAAUUUUGUGUUCUCGUAAAACUUAAAGGCGCACAAUUUUUUCAAAUGGGUCUCGGCGCGAAAAAACGUUAUUGUGCUUUUUCCCUCAUUUUCCUUACAUUUUUCAAUAAAAUCACUUGGUUUUAGAUAAUUUUGUCGUUUUUUUUUUCAAAUAUUUUUAUUGAAAAUCGGUUUAAAUCAGUUUUUCAAGUACAAAUAAACUUUU